AACAGUUUUUAAUAUACUUUCUAGAAGAUUUAAUGAAGUUGAGUUACAGAAAUUACAAACUAUGAUUCGAACAGCAUACAAUCGAAUGAUAAGACCACAGAAUACAAGUACUGCUGUUUUGGGUGUAAGAAAUCUAAAUAUGUCCUCUGUACUUCACAAAAAAUUGGAUGGUAAAGUUGCUAUAGUAACAGCCUCAACUGCAGGUAUUGGUUUUGCUAUAGCACAAGGCUUAGCAGAGAAUGGAGCAAAGGUAUUGAUUAGUAGUCGCAAGCAGGACAAUGUCGACAAGGCUUUGGAGAGGUUAAAGAAUGAGGGUUUAGAUGUGUCUGGAACUGUUUGCCAUGUCAAUAAAGAAGAGGACAGAACCAAACUCAUACAAAAGGCAGUUUCGUAUUAUGGCCAACUAGAUAUUCUUGUUUCAAAUGCUGGUGUUAAUCCUUACUUCGGACCAGUGCUUCAGACGCCAGAAAGUUCAUGGGAUAAGAUAUUCGAUUCCAACGUGAAAUGUGCAUUUCUGCUGGCUAAAGAAGUUGCACCACAUCUAGAGAAAACUAGAGGUUCCAUGCUGUUUGUAUCAUCAAUACUUGGCUUAAACCCAUCCCAAAUGUUGGGAGCAUAUUCAGUUUCAAAAACAGCUUUGUUGGGUUUGGUCAAAGUCUUAGCUGGUGAAUGUGCACCAAUGAAUAUUCGUGUGAAUGGUAUUGCCCCUGGAGUAAUCAAGACAGCUUUUAGCAGUAAACUAACGGAAACACCAGCGAUUAGUGAAACUAUGUUAAAUUCGAUUCCAAUGAAAAGAUUUGGCACUCCAUCAGAAUGCGCUGGAACAGCUGUGUUUUUAUCGUCGGACGAAGCUAGUUAUAUAACAGGCGAAAUAAUUUCAAUCACCGGAGGCAUGCAAUCGAGGCUGUAGUGUUGUGUGUUUUUAGUUCACGUUUUCUUUACAUUAUCUUCAUAUUAUAUAAUUUUGCUACCGGUGCGAACGGCUUUCAGGAUAUUUCACGAAGUGGUAAUCUCUUUUCCAGACUAUAAUUAUCAUUAUUUUGUUCUUUAGAAAAAUUAUCGUAAUUAAAAAAAACAUAAACGACAAAUUUGUAAAUCUAUAUUAUAAUACCCGUAUACGUCUGUCUGUCUGUGUGUCUGUCACGCAAAAUGGUAGCUUAGCUGCGCAAUAGCGAGAACCACGCAAUGCGGUAUAAAAAGGACGGGCGAACCCGUGGAUUUUCCACGGGCUAACGACUAGUUAAAUACAAAACUAACUGGAAGAUUUUCCUGCUAUUUGUAGACCCAAGGUUAUUAGUAGACAAUUAAAAAAUAUUUAAAUUAGCACUUGCCACAUCUUUUCUCUGUAAUAUAUAGCUUCUCUUUUAACAUCAAUUUUUUAAAUAAAUAUUCCUAAUUUCGGUCAACCGUUUGAAAGGGUUAUUCUUUGUAAAUAUGGGUACUUAAUCUGCAAAUUCGCAAACUAUGGAGAAAAUUGUCAAAAAAAAUUCGUAAUUCUAAUAAAGCGUGUUUUAGAAUGUAAAACAGAGGUUACGCUGUAUAAAUUUUCAGAAAACUCAAAAAUUAAGAAACACCAGGCUAAACCGAAAACGUUUUUUGACUUUGGACCUGCUACUUGGUUUGCUAAAAAAUGUCUGGAAAUCGAUAAAAUGUAAUUGUUGCUUAGUAACAGCAUCGAAGAUAUUCGAGAAUUCUGGUCAGAGUGUCGAGAAUUUACUCACAAAUGUGCAUGUCAAAUUCUUACACAAUUCCCUCCAAGGAAAUGAUUUUUUUAUUCCAAAACGAGAAAAGGAAAAGGUGUGUUUCAUGAAUGCGUAUUAGCGAUUCUGUUUGGAACACGAAAUCCUCAAGUCUGCCUUACUUUUGAUUUUUACAUAACGUAUUUUUAACCCGAGCUCAAACAUAUUCAAUAUUGCUUGUACUGAAGUUUCUUUGCAAUCUUAUAGAUUUUACUUAUAAAAUGGUUUCUUAUUAAAAAAAUAAAGAUUAAAUUUUGUAAAUUGUUUAUUGAUAAAUCUAGAUAAUUUUUGUUAGAAUAAAUUUUUUUAGUGUC